CGCCCCUGGGUUAGACCUCAGAGCUGCGCUAGCCAUGGAGCGAAGCGGGUGCAAAGUUUGGCACCCCGCAAAGGGAUGUCAGAUAAGAGUGGGCGGACCGCCCGAGGGCUUUUUAGCUUUCCAGUCUUAGGGGCGCCGGCUGCCGGGACCCCAGACGGUGCGCUGCAAUGGACGGUGUAGAUUCGGCGGCCCAGGGCACUGCCCAGCCUCAGGAUGGAGAGCAGCCGGCCGAGUCCCCAGAGCCGCCGCCGCCGCCUCCCGCUCCGCCGCCGGCUCCACCGCCGCCGGCUCCUCCACCAGAACCAGAACCAGAACCACAACCAGAACCACAACCAGAACCAGAACCUGCUCUGGGACCCUGCCCAGAGGCGACUCCAGAACCAGACGCAAAUCCAACUCCAGAGCCGGCCCCGGAGCCGGACCCAGGACCAGACUCAGAGCCGGACCCAGAGCCGGACCCAGAACUUGUCCCAGAGCCGGCCCAGGAGCCGGUCCCAGAAUUUGCCCCAGAGCCGGCCCCAGAGCCGGUCCCAGAAUUUGCCCCAGAGCCGGCCCCAGAGCCGGUCCCAGAAUUUGCCCCAGAGCCGGCCCCAGAGCCAGCCCCAGAAUCUACCCCAGGUCCAACCCUAGAGUUGGCCCCAGAACCGACUAGAGAACCUACCCCCGAUCUUGACAUAAGGCUGGUCCUAGAGUCAGCCCCAGAACCUGACGAGGAGAGGGCCCCAGAGUCGUGCCCUGAGCCGACUCCAGAGAGUCCAAAGAUGAGUUCAGCACUACAACUGUUGCAGGUGGUCCUCGCAGAGAAAGAUCAAAAGCUAUCUCCAUUGCCAUCUCCAUUACCAUCGCCCAGAAUUUCAGCAACGUGGUCCAGAAUAAAGAGAAUACUGAAGGAAGGACCCCUGCUAAAGAACUGUAACUCCUUCAAGAGAUGGAAGCUUAGAUAUUGUCUGAUUCAAGGACAGAAGCUCCACUUUGCACACCAUCCUUCGUUUGCACACUUUGAAACAAUUGAUCUGUCUCAAGUCGCCUUGGCAGAAAGUAGCUGUAGGAAUCUUUGCCACGGUUUCUGUGUUAUCACACCACAGCGAAAAAUCUCCCUGCUUGCACCCAGUCGGGAAGACAUGGAAGAAUGGAUUAACAUCAUCAAAACUGUCCAACAGGGAGAAAUCCGUGAGAUCCCUGCAGCCGAAAACAACCCUUUCCUUAUUGGAAUGCACUGCUGGUAUUCCAGCAGUAGUCCUUGGACUCAAUUCUGCAAUGUUUGUCACGGGAACAUCUCUGCCUUCUCUCGAGAUGUCAUCAUCUGUGAAGUCUGCAAUGUGAAAUCACACAAAAUGUGUGCGUUGAGAGCAGGCAAAGACUGCAAGUGGAAUACUUUGUCUUUAACUGAUGACCUCCUUCUACCCGCUGAUGAAAUACAAACAAUGCCUCAUCAAUGGGUAGAAGGAAAUAUACCUGCCAGCUCUCAGUGUGCAGUAUGUCAUGGGAGCUGCAGGAGUCAUCAAAGACUUCAAGCUUUCCGCUGCCUCUGGUGUGAUUCUACGGUGCACGGGGCCUGCCAGAAGCGGUUUUCCAAGGAAUGUUCCUUUGGAAGUCGUCGCUCAGCCAUCGUGCCGCCAACCGCGCUGAGCGACCCCAGAGGCGAUGGCCAAUUAGUGGUAUCGCCUGACUUCUGGAAUCUUGAUUGGCCAUUGACGUGUUCCUGUCCCUUGCUCAUCUUCAUCAACUCCAAAAGUGGAGAUCAUCAAGGGAUUGUCUUUCUCCGAAAAUUCAAGCAGUAUCUUAAUCCGUCUCAAGUAUUUGACCUGGCGAAGGGUGGACCUGAAGCAGGCAUCUGUAUGUUCAAGAACUUUGCUCGUUUUCGUGUUCUGGUUUGUGGUGGAGAUGGCAGCGUAAGCUGGGUCUUAUCUACAAUUGAUGCCUUUGGAUUGCAUGAUAGGUGUCAGCUGGCAAUCAUCCCACUUGGAACUGGUAAUGACCUCUCUCGUGUCCUUGGCUGGGGAGCAUUCUGGAAUAAAAGCGACUCACCACUGGAUAUUUUCAGCAGAGUAGAGCAGGCUCACGUGAGGGUUUUAGACAGAUGGAGUGUGAUGGUCCGUGAAUACCCCAGACAAUUCCCACUGCUAAAAGGACGGGAGACAAUGGAUAUACCACAAUUUGAGGUUGCUGCCAUCAAGCACUUGGAUUCUGCAACCACUGAGUUGAACAAAGUCCUGAAGGCCAAGAACCCCACCGAGGUGAUCAUCGCCACUAGAUUCCUGUGCUUAGCAGUGAAAGACUUUGUGGCUGAUAUUGUAAAGGCCUGGAGCCAAAUAAAGCAGAAGAAUACAGCAGUGGAGUCUGUGAUUUUGAAAAGUGACUUGAUGUAUGAUAAACUCAGUGUCAUUAUUGAUAUCCUGACUGAGGAUGCAGAUGUUAUCUCUGCUGAGGAAAAUGCUGCCCGUGCCAAAGCUGAUGGAAAACCCUUCGCCUCAGAAAUAGACCACACCACAAGAUCCAAAAUUGAGUUGGUCACAAGGGCUCAGAACCUCCAGCAAUCCUUGAAGCUCGUCAUAUUCCAGGUUGAACAAGUUCUGGAUGAAGAAAGCAGACAGUCCUUAUCAGUUAAGAACUUCACAUCAUCCCUCUUCCUGGGAGAAGAUGACUCAGAGGACUUUAAUCAGAUGAGCCCAAGACACCGUUUUCAGUGUGGCCCCUUGUCUUCUAUAUCGUCUCUCAAAAGUGAAGACCUCCAUUACCUUGACUUAGAACACUUAUAUUCUACACCUGAAAUGAUACGCUUCAAAGAGAAGUGUGUCAUGAACAACUACUUUGGAAUUGGACUAGAUGCAAAAAUUUCUCUGGAGUUCAAUACCAGAAGAGAAGAACACCCAGGACAAUACAAUAGCCGCCUUAAGAACAAAAUAUGGUAUGGCCUCCUGGGAAGCAAGCAGCUACUGCGGAGCUCUUACAGGAAGCUGGAAGAGCGCAUACACCUGGAGUGUGAUGGAAAAGCCAUUUCCUUGCCAAACCUUCAAGGCAUUGUAGUGCUCAACAUUACCAGCUAUGCCGGAGGUGUCAACUUCUGGGGACGCAACAGGGCAACCGCAGAAUAUGACGCCCCUGCAAUGGAUGAUGGGAAGCUAGAGGUAGUGGCAAUUUUUGGUUCUAUACAGAUGGCCAUGUCUCGUCUCGUCAACUUGCAGCAUCAUCGAAUUGCCCAGUGCCAUGAGGUGAUGAUAACGAUUGAUGGUGAAGAAGGUAUCCCUGUGCAGGUGGAUGGGGAAGCAUGGAUUCAGAGACCAGGCCUUAUCAAGAUUAAAUACAAGAAUACUGCCCAGAUGUUGAUGAGAGAUCAGGAGUUUGAGAACUCAAUGAAAACAUGGGAAAGUAAGCAUACUGAAAUCCAAGCGGCCCUACCACCCCAGCUGGAUUACCAGGAAUCUCAAGAUAGCCUCUCUGAUAGGGAAUAUGCCCAGAUGCAGCACUUGGCUCGGCUUGCAGAAGACCUCAUUAGCAGACUUAAUGACCUGAGUAAGGUCCACCAGCAUGUGUCUGUCCUCAUGGAUUCUGUGAAUGCCAGUGCUAACAUACUGAAUGAGGUGUUCUAUAGCCAAGACAGUGGCAAUGAGGCGGGUGCAGCUUCCUGUAUUCCCAUUGAGACUCUGAGCAGAACUGAUGCAGUAGAAGUCACAUUUACUCUUAAAGGGCUCUAUGAUGACACCAAAGCUUUCCUGGAUGAAAACUUGUUGAGAGAUGCUGAGGAUGAGGCCAUACUACAAACUGCCCUGGAUGCCAUGAAUACGGAGUUGAGAAGGAUCCUGGCAAUUGACUGGUUGAAUCAAAUCCUUUUUCCAGAGGAGCAGUCUUCUGACACUCACAGUUUACGUCACAGACUGAGGAUUCGAUUCCCCAAGUUUAGGAAGAAGAAGCGAGAAGAGGAAGAAAAGCCAAAAUCAAGCCACAGAUUCCCUCGUUUUCUUGGCAGGUUCUGGCAUCGCAGAAACCGUGGCAAUGAGGAAAAAGGUGACAACGACGACGACGACCCUCCAACACCUGCAAGUUCUCAGCUGUAGUCCUUGAAAGCUGGAAGGAGAGCUCUCAACACAGAAUUCCACUACAAACUCAAAACCUCAGUAAAGAUGGAACUCAAUUAUAUCAGAACAAACCUGAGCACCACCAAGAAAGACCCUCCAAAUCCUUAGAGUAACAUAUUUCCCUGGACUUAAUCAGAUCUCCUUAGAGGGUUACAUUUUUCUCGUUGGCCAAAGAUUCUUGUUCCGAGUUGUCUUGUUCAGUUCUCCUUCUCUUUGUGUACCUUGAGCAACUACAGUGUUUAUUGGGGAUAGACUCUUUAUGAAUAGCCUGGGAUCUAUAAGAAUUGAUGGGAGCGCAUUUCUUUAGGAAGUGUUGGAAUGGGUUUCCUUCACUAGUAGAGAAACUGUUGACACCAAGGAAUGAAUGAGUAACUGACUCUCAGAAAGAUGAAGAGGGGGCAGGGCAUUUGGGCUUGGCUGUGUUUCUCCUCCAAUCCCUGCCAAUUGCAACUUGAUAUUUCAAAGGAUAUAGUUAGUUCAAGAUGAGAACAAGGUCCUGGAGGCUUAUCCACUUGUCUGUUACAAUGAUCAUGUGAAUCUUUCCUUGUAGAUAUGAGUCUCUCCUCCACUCCUCUCCUCUCUCCUCUCCUCCCCUCCCCUCCUCUCUCUCCUCUCCUUUCUCACCUCUCCUCUCGCCUCUCAUUAUCUCUCCUUUCUUCUUCUCUUCCUCACUAGCCAUCCUUCUCAUCCCAUUUACCCUCUCUCCCCUUCUCCUCCUCUACUUCUCCUUCCUCCACUCUCCCCAUACACUCUUUGUGUUUUCUCAUGUGUCCAUGUAUGUCUUUGCACAUGUCCAGGUGGUGCUCUCGUGGCUGGGUGGGCCCACUGUUUGGAACUCACCCCUCAUGGCAACCAUACAGGCUCUUGUCCUUUUGCCUUGAUCCUAGCCUGCAUGUCUUCAUGGAGUGCUUGCCUGCAUUCUCGCUGGAUUUUUUAACUAAAUGUUUUGCCGCUGUGCUGCAGUAUAGAUUAUAUACAGAGACAUAAAGAUGUACAUAGAUAUACAUAUAUAUUUUUAAGAACUGAAAAUACAACUCGACCUCUAAGUGACCCUCUAAUAUAUUGUGAUAACCCAGGAAUCCCUCCCCUUCCCUAUUACCCUACACACAUAUAUAACUCUACCAACUGCCCUAGUUCUUGGUGGAGCUCCUAAUCUUUUGGUGCAUUUUUAGGGUCUUAGAAGUAGCUGGAGUCUACUUAUAGCCCAGCUAAUUCUGACAUCCACUUAAAAUACUGAGCCAGGCCACAGAAGGGAACAAAAACACCAAUGCCCUGCAGAAGGGCCAAGCUGGCAUGCUGCCAUUUGCUCUGUUUCUCCUGGCUCUGUAUCAGCAACUGCCCAAGCUUUAUUGUCCCCUUCCCCAGUCCAAAAGAUGUGAAAGAGCUCUACCCUUUGGAUGUCUAAGUUAGGGCCUACCAACCACCACAGCCUGUGCUCUUCCCCAUAAACUUAACCUGGGCCUGCAGCUAUUGGACAGGCUGUUGGGGCACUCUUCAAAUUAACUUCAAAUCUCAUAUCUUGCCCCCUUUUCCCCUGAGUAUAAGAGGGGCAGUCAGGGUGACCAGAAGGAACAUGGAUCAGGGAAAAUAAAGGCUAAAAGCCUUAGGCUUCUCUGCUGUUCUGCUUCCAAGUUUUUCAUGAAAACAUAGUAGGCCUAAAUUGCUCCAAAUCUCAAUUUGAAUCUUUUGUUUUUCUAAGUGUACAAUCUUGGUCAGGCAAAUCUAAUGAAAGUCCAAUGCUCAGAGAGAAUGUCUCUGGUCUGCCUCUCAUCUCCACCCUCGGUCAUAAAUCCAGAAAACUGCCCUUUUCUCACUGCUCAGCCAAACUUAGCGUGCUCAAUUUACCUGACUCAGUCCAACGGCUGGUUCACUGAGGUGCACAAUCCAGACUCCUAUCACUGGUUCUCAACUUUCUAGAACUCCACCAGCCUAACCCACUUAAACCAGCUGCCUGUGUUCCACCUCUUCAGGGGUGAGAAAAAGAGACUUAACAAUGGGGUAGCCCCCAAUGUCUGAUAGCUGUGCCAAACAAAACUGUCCUAGCUCUACAACCAGAGGAGAAACUCAAUGGGAAGAGAUGGCAGAAAACACUUAAGACGUCAACAUCAGGAUGUGUAUUGCUGACAGGGUGUGUAUUUAAGUGGACCGUGCUGUUGCAGCGUCUUUGGUUUCCUCUUGUCACUCUUUCUUCAAAGGAAGAGGUAGCAGACCAAUCCACCAAUGCCACUGUUCCUCCUUGGCUGCAGGAACUAAUACCUGCACAUGCACAUUCACAUAGUUGGGAACCAUGUUGAAUUUUCUCCGAAGAGUCUUUUCCAAAACUGGAUCAUUUCUAAAUAAGCAAAUUUAAGGAAACAGAAGGAAAUCCUAAGAAACAGUAGCCUUACCUUGGUAAUGACUAAGCAGGGCUAUGUCUUGUAAUUAUUUCAUUGCAAAUGAUAGUCAACUGUAAUAGGAAUCCAUCCCUGCUUAUUUUGCUGGAGUGCUGUAGGUCUUUGUGUACUGUAAUGCUGCUGUUGCUCUGUUGUACCAUCUGAAGUCCCACUCAUUCCCCACCUUGUCCUCCUAUCUGAGUCAGAAUGCUAUUGAACGACACCUAGAGGAUGGGGACUAGAACCGAAUGUGGGGCAAAACUGAUAAGCUAAGGGGCCAGUGUGGCUUGUUAAAAUGGUCCAGAUACCAUCUGCAUUGUUUAGUUACCAAUGGUUCUCUGCAAAGGGAAGCUGGCAUGCUAAGAACUUGUUCACACAUCUUUGGAAACAAAGCAAGAAGGGAUCUCUCUCUCUUCUCUCUUCUCUCUCUCUCUCUCUCUCUCUCUCUCUCUCUCUCUCUCUCUCUCUCUCUCUCUCUCUCUCUCUCUCUCUCUCUCUCUCUCUCUCUCUCUCUCUCUCUCUCUCUCU